CAUGUUGUUUCCUCGGUGCUGGACGGCAGCAAGUGGAGUCGCGCCCUGGCAGCGCUGCGUUGCUGCCGCCGCCGUCUUCUGCCCGCCGAGUCCUCAACCCUCUCUCUUUCCUCCCUGCACCCGUCCGGGCUGGCCCGGAGCUCCCCGGCGUCUUCCGUGUGGCCGCGAGAUAAUGAUGAUGCUUGAACUGAAUAAUUAAGUCAUUGCAGACUGCAGAGUAUAAAAGACUUCGCAUUGCAUUUGAAGGGUUCUGAAGUCAGAGAUCUUGAGAUUAAUAAUGGCAGGGAAAUCAUCGCUUUUUAAAGUAAUCCUCCUUGGAGAUGGCGGAGUUGGGAAGAGUUCUCUAAUGAACAGAUAUGUGACUAAUAAGUUUGAUACCCAGCUCUUCCAUACAAUAGGUGUGGAGUUUUUAAAUAAAGAUUUGGAGGUGGAUGGACAUUUUGUUACCAUGCAGAUUUGGGACACUGCAGGUCAAGAGCGAUUCAGAAGCCUGAGGACGCCAUUUUACAGAGGCUCUGACUGUUGCCUGCUUACUUUUAGUGUCGAUGAUUCUCAAAGCUUCCAGAACUUAAGUAACUGGAAGAAAGAAUUCAUAUAUUAUGCAGAUGUGAAAGAGCCCGAAAGCUUUCCUUUUGUGAUUUUGGGGAACAAGAUUGACAUAAGUGAACGGCAAGUGUCUACAGAAGAAGCCCAAGCCUGGUGCAGGGACAACGGCGACUAUCCUUACUUUGAAACAAGUGCAAAAGAUGCCACGAAUGUCGCAGCGGCCUUUGAGGAAGCGGUCCGAAGAGUGCUUGCUACUGAGGAUAGGUCAGAUCACUUGAUUCAGACAGACACGGUCAGCCUGCACCGGAAGCCCAAGCCUAGCUCAUCUUGCUGUUGAUCAUUAGAGAGGUUGCCCAUGCGUCCUCACCAACUCACACAUAUACACAAAUAAACACAGGGUGGAGAAGAGAGUUAGUGUUUGCAGCAAUGGCUCCUGUACUCAUAACAUUAAACUAACCAUAUUGCUGCUUCAUUAGCGGGUGGGAGAAGGGACGCAUCCACUCACGGAAGAUUCUAUUUACUCAAUAAUGGCACCUUACAUUUAUAAUUUGUAACGGUUGUCUAAUAACGUUUAAUUUAAAAUGUAAGUUACAGAGCUAAUGACAUGACCAAGACUUUAAUUAUAAUUAAAACAGAACACUUGAAUAUUGCAAAAGUUAUUGUCUUUUUCCCGGGAAAAUGGAGAACUACUUUUUAUAUGUGUAUAUUUUUAUGUAAUUAGCAUUCUAUUCCUGGGCCAGGGAAAAAAUUACCUAAAGCAAUAAUGUUAGAUAUUAAAGAUUAAAAUCUAAUGCUUUGCACUGCA